AUGAGGUUGAAUGUUUUUACUAACGGUACUAAUGUGUAUGGUGAUGAGUGUUUCUUAGCAGAUUUUAUAGAUGGGUACGACCCGAAGGAGUUCGAAGAAGAAAUUUUGGGUUCUUGUGUUUGUGAUAUGUCGUUGCAGGUUCACACAUGUGAGUUAGAGGUAGAAGAGAAAGAACAAGAAGCUCUUGCGGUGAAGGAAGGAAGUCCACCAUGGACUUACCAAACGGAUACAUUACCGGUAGAAAUCGAUUCGGGCACCAAGCCUUCUUUGGAAAGUCCACCAAGUGUGGAGUUGAAGGAGCUACCAAAGCACCUAAAGUAUGCAUUUUUGGGGGAGAAUGAUACCUUACCGGUAAUCAUUGCUUCCAACUUGGAGGUAGCUCAAGAAGAAGAAUUGAUGCGGGUGUUGAAGGCUCAUAAGGCGGCGAUUGGGUGGACGAUAGCCGAUUUAAAAGGCAUUAGUCCAUCCAUUGUGAUGCACAAGAUUAUUACAAGUGAGGACGCAAAACCGACCCGUGAAACACAAAGAAGAUUAAAUCCGAAUUUGAGAGAGGUGGUGAAGAAAGAGGUUAUCAAGUGGUUGGAUGCGGGGAUCAUUUAUCCCAUUUCGGAUAGUGCAUGGGUGAUAGUAUAUUCGGAUCAUAGCGCGGUUCGAUACUUGAUGGAGAAAAAAGAUGCAAAGCCCCGAUUGAUUCGUUGGGUGCUUUUACUUCAAGAAUUCGAUCUUGAGAUUCGGGACAAAAAAGGGUGUGAAAAUGUUGUUGCGGAUCAUUUGUCCCGAAUCCCGUUAGAAGGUGUUGAUGACCCAAGUGAAAUCAAUGAACGGUUCCCCGAUGAAGACUUGUUGGUCGUCUCCACUUACGUUGCACCUUGGUAUGCCCAUUACGUUAAUUAUUUGGCUAAGGGUGCAAUUCCAAGUCAUUGGACUAGAAAGAGACGACAACAAUUUCUUAGCCAAGUGAAGCAAUAUAUAUGGGAUGAACCCGACUUGUUUAAAAUCGGGGCCGAUCAAAUGAUACGAAGAUGUGUUCCCGAAACGGAGAAUUGCAUCAAUUGUCAAAGAAUGGGAAGUAUUUCGAAACGUGAUGAAAUGCCGUUACACCCGAUUUUGGUAGUAGAAGUAUUUGAUGUUUGGGGAAUUGACUUCAUGGGUCCUUUCCCAAACUCAAAUGGGUUUUUAUACAUUUUGGUGGCAGUCGAUUACGUGUCGAAAUGGAUUGAAGCUAUUGCCACGAGGACCAAUGAUCACUCCGUUGUAUGUAAGUUUGUGCAAUCUAAUAUUUUUGCUCGUUUUGGUGUGCCUAGGGUGAUAAUAAGUGAUGGCGGGUCGCAUUUCAAGAAUUUCAAUUUUGCGAAGUUGCUAAAGAGAUACAAUGUGAACCACCGCAUUGCCACACCCUACCACCCGCAAACGAGUGGUCAAGUGGAGGUAUCUAACCGGCAAAUUAAAGAGAUUUUAAUGAAGACGGUGAGAACGGAUCGGAAGGAUUGGUCAAGCAAGCUUGACGAUGCGUUGUGGGCCUAUCGAACGGCUUACAAAACUCCACUUGAUACCACUCCUUAUCGGAUGGUUUAUGGGAAAGGAUGUCAUUUGCCUAUGGAGUUGGCACACCGGGCAUAUUGGGCAAUUAAAACGGUAAACGCAAACUACGAUGAAGCGGGUCGGGCGAGAAAGCUUCAAUUGAAUGAAAUAGAGGAAAUAAGGGACCAAGCCUAUGAGUGUGCAUCCGCGUACAAAGACAAACUUAAAAAAGUUCAUGAUGCGAAGAUAAAGAAAAAGAACUUUGAAGUGGAUGGGUAUUCGGGAUAUAACCAAAUUGCUAUUCACCCGGACGACCAACACAAAACCACGUUUACAUGUCCAUAUGGUACAUUUGCGUUUCGGCGAAUGCCAUUUGGAUUAUGUAACGCCCCCGCCACGUUCCAAAGAUGUAUGAUGAGUAUAUUUUCGGACAUGGUCGGGGAGUCUCUUGAAGUGUUUAUGGACGAUUUUUCCAUUUUUGGUCCAAGUUUUGACUCUUGUCUCAAUGAAUUAGAAAAAGUUUUAAAAAGGUGUGUUGAGACAAACUUGGUACUAAGUUGGGAAAAGAGCCAUUUUAUGGUUCAAGAGGGUAUUGUUUUGGGGCAUGUCAUUUCGGACCGGGGGAUGGAGGUAGACAAGGCAAAGAUUCGGGUAAUUUCAUCUUUACCCCCACCAAAGAAUGUUAAGGGGGUGAGAUCUUUUUUGGGACAUGCGGGGUUUUACCGAAGGUUUAUUAAAGGCUUUAGUGUAAUCACAAAACCUUUAUGUAACUUAUUAUUAAAAGAUGUUCCAUUUGAUUUUACUGAUGAAUGUUUGCAAGCGUUUCAUGUGUUGAAGGAACAGUUGGUGAAGGCUCCCAUCUUGCAACCACCGGAUUGGUCAAAGCCGUUCGAGAUUAUGUGUGAUGCUAUUGAUACGACUAUUGGAGCGGUUUUGGGGCAAAGGGUCGAUAAGAAGCCGGUGGUGAUAUACUAUGCAAAUGGUUUUUCAGGUUACUUUCAAAUACCGAUAGCACCGGAAGACCAAGAGAAAACAACUUUCACAUGUCCCUACGGAACUUUUGCAUAUCGACGCAUGCCAUUCGGUCUAUGUAAUGCGCCUGCAACAUUCCAACGUUGUAUGGUCGCCAUUUUCCAUGAUAUGAUCGAAAAGACAAUGGAAGUCUUCAUGGAUGACUUUUCCAUCUUCGGAGACUCAUAUGACCAAUGCCUCGAUAAUCUUGAACGAAUGCUAUCCCGAUGUGAGGAAACUAACCUCGCCCUUAACUGGGAAAAAUGCCAUUUCAUGGUAACAGAGGGAAUAGUACUCGGUCACAAAAUCUCAAGCGAAGGAAUGGAAGUUGAUCGAGCAAAAAUAGAGACUAUUUCUCGAUUACCUCCUCCAUCCUCCGUGCGAGCAAUCAGAAGUUUCCUAGGGCAUGCCGGAUUCUAUAGAAGGUUUAUCAAGGACUUUUCAAAAAUUUCAAGACCUCUAACAAAAUUGCUUGAAAAAGAUGCACCCUUCAUCUUUGACAAGGAAUGCAAUCAAGCAUUUCUAACCCUCAAGGAAAUGCUAGUCAAUGCACCUAUCAUGAUAGCGCCAGAUUGGAAAUUUCCUUUCGAAAUCAUGUGCGAUGCAAGCGACUUUGCUGUUGGAGCAGUCUUGGGACAAAGAAAAGAAAAACAUUUCCACCCAAUUUAUUAUGCUAGUAAAACUCUUAAUGAUGCGCAGGAAAAUUAUACAACUACAGAAAAAGAAUUACUAGCGGUGGUAUUUGCUUUUGAUAAAUUUCGUUCUUAUCUUGUUCUUUCUAAAACAGUAGUUUAUACAGACCAUGCAGCCAUCAGGUACCUCUUAAAGAAGCAAGACGCACAACCCCAUAUAAACUCGUUUAUGGAAAAAGUUGCCAUUUGCCAGUAG